CACCUCUAUGUAGCAGAGCAGCGCUGUCUCCCUGGAGGAGUGAAAAUGGCUCCUUUUCCAGAAGAAGUUGAUGUCUUUACAGGCCCGCACUGGCGGAUGAAACAUCUGGUCGGUGUUUAUUGUGAGAAGCUGUCGAAGACCAACUUUUCAAACAACAAUGACUUCCGAUCAUUUCUGCGGUCGCUGUGUGACACAUUCAAGGAGUUCAAGAUGCACGAGCAAAUUGAAAACGAAUACAUUAUUGGUUUGCUGCAGCAACGCUGCAGAACUAUUUAUAACGUUCAUUCGGACAACAAGCUCUCCGAAAUGCUCAGUCUCUUUGAAAAGGGACUGAAGAAUGUUAAGAAUGAGUAUGAACAGCUGAACUACGCAAAGCAAUUGAAGGAGAGGCUGGAAGAGUUUACUCAGGAUUUCCUGCCUCACAUGAAAGAGGAGGAGGAGGUGUUCCAGCCGAUGCUGAUGGAGUAUUUCACCUAUGAAGAGCUGAAGGAUAUCAAGAAGGUGGUGAUUGCUCAGCAUAGCUCACAGAGGAGCUGGGACACAAUGGAGCUGUUAAAGGGGCUAAGCCUGUGGAACCAAGCUGAGGAACUUCACAAAGUGUUCAAGUACUCUGCAGAUGAGAAAGUGGAUGAAGGCUUUGAGAAGGACACACAAUCUGUUCAUGUUUCCCACCUUCCUCCUGAGGUAAUUCUGAAGGUAUUCAGGUAUCUCAGCCCAGUGGAGCUGUGUCGCUGUAGCCAGGUCUGUACAGAUUGGUCAGAACUCACUAAAACUGGAUCUCUUUGGAAGCAUCUCCAUCCUGUCCACUGGGCCAGAGGUGAUUAUUAUAGCUGCCCGCCUGGAGAGCUGGACCUGGAGCCCGAUGAUGACUGGGUAAAAAAUCGAGAAGAUGAGAGCAAAGCCUAUCAGGAAUGGGAUGAAGAUGCAGAUAUUGAUGAAUCUGAGGAGGCUGCAGAAAAUUCCCCAGCUGUUAACAUUGCACAGAGAGAGAAGCACUUGCUUAAUGGGAUGAUUAAAAAUCUGCUUCCAGUGGUCGGACUGUCUGUGAAGUCUCUCAUCCUGGCAUACAGCUCUGCUCUCUCCAGUAAAAUGAUACGACAAAUGCUUGAACUUUGUCCAAACUUAACACACUUAGAUCUCACGCAGACAGACAUUACUGACUCGGCAUUUGACAGCUGGUCGACAGUUGGGAGUUGCCAGGCGCUGGAACACCUGGACCUGUCUGGCUGUGAGAAGAUCACAGAUGUGGCAUUGGAGAAACUGUCCAAGGCUCUUGGAGAUCUCACAAUGCCAGAUGGAAAAGAGGGAAUUACUAAGAAUUGUCAAAACAAUUGUGCAAAGAUCUUAAAGGCGCAUCAACAGAUCAGCCUGCAGGCCAGCACUGAAUGCGGUCUCCGUAUGUGUGGGCAUCAGACACUUCUCUUUAAAGGCAAACCCGGAAGUGCAGUGAGCGUAUCCUCACGGGUCUGGGUGAUAAACCGAGCAAACCUGGUCGAUAUUGAGGAUGCGGCUGAGUGGAGGCAAACAAGCGCUGAGGGUCUUCGUCUUGUAGACGCUCCACCAGCAGGCAGCACUUCCAGUUUAGCUUCUUGCUGUUGCAGAAACAACAAUCGUGGCUUAAGGACUAGUGCCUAUAGGCAGCAGCUUACCUCUCCUGCUUCCUCAGCACUUUGUGGCCAUUCAUUCUGCUGUUCUGAUACAGCACUAAGGACUAUUGAAACACUCCCAGAACCCUCUGCUCUGUGCAAUAAAAUGUUAAGGACUAGACAGACAGAGGAGAAGGACAUGGCUUGUUCUGGGAGUGAAAAAAGGACAAAUCAACCCAAAGUCAGGCGUGCUCUGAAGUUUCUGAGUUUGUCUGGAUGUUAUCAGAUCACAGAUCUUGGGCUAAGAGCCCUCUCCUUGCAUGGCGGUCUUCCUCGUUUGGAACAUCUCAAUCUUUCUGGCUGCCUGUUCAUUACUGAAGUUGGACUUCAGGAGUUGGUCUCUGCUUGUCCUGCUCUAAACGAUGAGCACUUCUAUUAUUGUGACAACAUUAACGGUCCCCAUGCGGAUACCGCCAGUGGAUGCCAGAACCUGCAGUGUGGUUUCAGAGCAUGCUGCCGUUCUGGGGAAUGAACUCCUCCCCCGCCCUUUCUGUAUGCUUCUCAUAGCUGUACAGGCUUUACUUCAUGCACUUUACACUAGGAAUAACAUUCAAUGUAUUAUCCUUCAAAUGUCCUGUACAAGGAUGGAUUUGGGAUAGCUUUUGUUCUCAAAAUACAGUUAUGUUAAAGAUGUUGCCUCAUCUCAAUCUGCUUUAAUUACAUAAGGAAAAAUAUAUGUAAGUAAAGGUUGUUUUGUUAAUAUCUUGAACAUGGUUAUUUAAAAAACAUACUGUAGUUGAAAAAUAAGGGUCCAAUAUGGAGUGGUAUAUUCAAUGCUUGGUAAUUUAGAUGUAUGUUGAAUAAACUUCUGAAAAAAAUA